GUUUGUUUUCUGCUGCACGUAAUCGAGCUAAACUCAUAAUUGAUGCGAUUUUAGCAUACACGUUUAUUUUAUUCUUUUAAAGCAAUAAAUUACCAUUGAAAAUGUUCAAUAAGAAAAUAAUUACCUUUUUACAAAAAGGUUGGUUAGAGGUAUUGAAUAUUGUAAUCUGGGAAUGACAAGAGUAAAUCAUAAUAUAGUGUUAGCUGAUGAAUGCAAUGUUUACAAAUGGGACAAGUAAGUUAUAAAAUGCAAAACAGUUUUAUUGCUUCGUGUAAUGUCUUAAUGGAGUAAUAUAAUUAAAUAAAAACUCGUUACAGCUUAUAAAGACGUGUACCGUUAAAGACGAGCAAAUUAGUUUUUUUAUAAAAAAAUGAAGAAGUACUUUCAAGCUUUUUUAGCCAUCAAUGUAUUAUAUAUAACAAGUUUUUUAAUUUAUCAGAGAUUCUUUAAAACACAUGGGGACAACAGAAAAGAUGUGCCGCGGCAGGUCGUAGAAUCAAUCGUCAAUUCACAAGAAUACAUUGCCAUCAAAUCUAAGCAAGAAAUACUACUUUACCCUUCGAGUCGGAAUGACAAACAUAAAGAUCAUGAAUCAAGAGAACUAAAAAGGAAGGCAUUUGCAGGAAGGUCUCAUAACAACAUGAACGAAAAACCUAAAGUAAUAAAUCCUUUCACGUUGCCGAAAAUCAACAAAAAUAGUGAAGUUCUUUUGGUAACACAAAAGCCAGUUACGGGAACGUCUUCACAAAAACAAAACGAAAUAAAAAUGUCUGAAACAGCACCAAGUAAGCUUCCAAGCGAAAAACCUAAAAACAACGCUGUUACGCAUCCUGCAGUAGGAACUGACAGUUUUCCCAACUUGAAAACACUUAGUGAUUUUUUUAUCUCGAGACAUGGAUCUGUAUUUAAGGAGUAUUCAGAUUCUCUUCCUGCUCACUCAGUGAAAAAUACAGAUGGUUACUACAAUCUGGUGGUACAAAGUGCGAAUCUUGGAAUUGGCUAUCGUAUGUUUAUAUACGCUGCUGGUUAUGGCAUUGCUAAGAAAUCAAACAGGACAUUAAGAUACCAAAUUCUAGCCAAAGAACAACUGGUAAAUACUUUUAAUAUAUUUCAAAGAGAAUCAUAUAACAGCUCUUUUAAAUGGAAAAGUUAUUUACAUUUGGGAACGAAAUUAUGUUGCAAGUAUUAUCCGCAGACGAGAGAGUUACCUGAAGAGAAUAUAUUUGUCGAAGGAUAUUUACAAAGUUGGAAAUAUUUUCACGAGUACAAAAAAGACAUUCUAAAAGAAUUUACAUUUAAGGAUGAAAUUGCAACAAAAGCACAGUCCUUUUUAACAACAACUAUGCAAAACCGAAGUGAAAAUGUAGUACCAAUUGCAAUACAUAUCCGAAGAAAUGACAUGAUGUCCAAGGGUAAUGCAAAAUUUAGUUAUUCUGUUGCUGAUAAAAGCUACCUUGAUCGAGCUAUUGCGUAUUUUAAGAAGAAAUUUAACUGCAUAUUUAUUGUUGCAAGUCGAGAUAUGGCAUGGACUAAAGAAAAUUUAAAAGAAUAUAAAUCACAGACUGUCUUUUGCGAUGGCAAUUCUGCGGAAGUUGACCUAGCCAUUCUUUCAUCGUGCAAACAUAUGAUCACCAGUGUUGGGACAUAUAGUUGGUGGGCUGCUUAUUUAACUGGGGGUGAGGUUGUGUAUUACAAGGACUGGCCGAGGAAAAAUAGUACUCUUUCUUCGUACGUAAACCAUGACGACUACUUUCCACCUGAAUGGAUUGGAAUGUAAAUAUGCAAUACUGAAUGUAAGAACGUUUCAAGGAAUAAAUUUUGGGUUUUAA